CCCCCGGAGAAGCAGGAGGAGGAAACCUCUCUACGGGUUGGGAAAGCCAACUGGCGAGAAACAAGAUGGAGACGCCCAGCGACUGCUGUUAUUUGAUUUUCACCGGGCGGUUCUCGGUGUUGAAGAAGGAGACUCCGCGAAGGGAUUCACCAUAAAACACGGCUGUUCUUUUUCUUUGUGCGGGGAGGAAGGACAUCGUUUGUGGAUUGCUCCGAGCCAGUGAGGGUUCUAGCCGCUAGACGGCACUCUGCCGGCGGAGGAGAGGGAGGAGGAGCGAGGCUGUUUGUGUGGCUCCUCACGGACCAGCGAUGUCACAGACACGUGUUAUUCUACCGGGGUUUGGGUCGUGGGACUCGGAGUUACCUACGUGAGAGACACGGACUUCCACUGAGCUUCAGUUACGGAUCUAGAGCCCCCCACCCCUUUCAGCAACACGGAGACCGAAGGGAGGUCUCACCGGGGUGAGCUGCUCCUCCACCAGCUCUCCAGCCCUGGAGCCGCAGGGGUCUCCCCCGAAAUGCUGGAGGUGGCAGAGGAGGCCACCCGGGCCGGGGACUUUAACCUGGCCGCGGAGAUCUACAGCUCCCAGCUGGCGGAACUCCAGCAGCCGGACAGGGGGUUGUGCCUGAGGAAGGCGGACUCUCUGACCCGCACCGGGCGGAUCACCGAGGCCCUGGACUCGUACUGCGCAGCGGCCAGUCUGGGCAAGCUGCGCCCGGAGGAGCUGCCGGUCUUGGUGGACACCAUCGCUCGGACUCUGCGCGAGAAGGAGCCCGGCAUCCCCGGGACGUCAAGCGGUGACGGGGACUGUGGAGAGGACGACGCACUGGACCUGUUCUCCUGUCGCCUCUGCAGCUGUCUCCUCCACGAGCCCACGACCGUGGAGUGUGGACACACGUUCUGCAGAGUCUGCCUGGAGGACGACUCUGUGAGGGAGUGCGCCCACUGCAAGCAGGCGUUGAGCAAGAGAGAUGGCCUGCCGAACGGCCGCAGGCUGGACGUGGUGCUCAGCGGCCUGCUGGACAAACUCUUCGCCACUGAGAGCAAAGCCAGGAAGUUCUGGAUCGAAGGAGAGGUGCUGUGGAAGAACCGGGACCUCCCGGAGGCCUUGGAGAAGUACAACGCCGCCGUGGACCUGGCGCCCUCCUCAGGCAGUCUGCUGUGUCAGCGGGCUGAGUUGCACAUGGAGAUGAGGAGCUUCAGUCAAGCCGUGCAGGACGGCAGCAGCCUCUGUAGGAUGAAACCUCUGUGGACCAAGGCUCACUGUGUCAACGCCACGGCGCUGAAGGGGGCGGGCCGGCCCGACGAGGCCCUGCACGAGUACCUGGUGUGUGUGGCCCUGAAGCCGGACUGGACCACAGCCAAGCUGGAGGCUCAGAAGGUCCUCAGCGAGGUCUUCUCCUCCAUCUUUGAGAAUGAGGUGCCUCUGCCCCCACUGCAGGGGGGGGCGGCCACCCACCUCAUCAAACCCCCGGCCCUGCUGAGCACCCUGAGGCCGCUCACACUGAGACCCGCCUCCUUCUCACAGGACUCAGACUUCAGCCCUCCGCUGGACGAGUCCUCCUCCAGACUCUCCUAUGCGUCUCCUGGUAUAUCGGCGGUGGAGGAGUGUAGCACCAAGAGCCUGGCCGGCGUCCUGGCCUCUCUGCCGGCUCCCCCCGGUGGCCUUAAGAGGAAACACAGCGGAGACGGUCCCCUGGGGGUCUUCAACCCGCCCUCCAAACUGCUCCGACCUGGCGCGGAGAGCCACGGUCGCUCGUCCUCGGCGUUCGGAGGACGGACGUUUCCUGCCGAGCUGUUGGACAGCGGAGACAUGGAGUGUUCCCUAUGCAUGAGAUUGUUCUACGAGCCGGUGGCCACUCCCUGUGGACACACCUUCUGCCUGAAGUGUCUGGAGCGCUGCCUCGACCACAACUCCAACUGCCCUCUGUGCAAGGAGAACCUGUCUGAGGUACCCAAUACAACCGCUAAUAACUGGGUUAAUGUCCUGGAGUUAUUAAUGGGUUAUCAGUCAAUAGAAGCUUCUGGUUCCAUUUUAUUAAAGUAUCUGGCCACUAGGGGCUACAGCAAGACCCUGCUGAUGGAGGAGGUGCUGCAGCGUUACCUAGGAGAUGAGCUGGCAGAGAGGAAGAAGAUUCACGAAGAGGAGAUGAAGGAGCUGUCCAACCUGAACCAGGAAGUUCCCAUCUUCGUGUGCACCAUGGCGUUCCCCACCAUCACCUGCCCGCUACACGUGUUCGAGCCCCGCUACCGCCUCAUGAUCCGCCGCUCCAUGGAAACAGGCACCAAGCAGUUCGGCAUGUGUAUCGCAGACGAGCUCAAAGGGUUCGCCGACUACGGUUGCAUGCUGGAGGUCCGAGACGUGAAGUUCUUUCCUGACGGUCGCUCGGUGGUCGACACCAUCGGCGUGUCGCGGUUCAAGGUCCUCAGCCACGGACAGAGAGACGGAUACCACACGGCCAAGAUCGAUUACCUGGAGGACAAGAAGGUGGAGGGGGAGGGGCUUGUGGAGCUUCUGAAGCUGCACAACGCUGUGUACGAGCAGGCUAACAACUGGUUCACCUCCCUGAAGGACAACAUGAAGAGCCAGAUCCUCAGCCACUUCGGACACCUUCCCAGCAAAGACUCCGACCCUCAGGCCAGUCCCAGCGGCCCGGCCUGGUGCUGGUGGCUGCUCGCCGUCCUGCCGCUGGAGAACCGAGCUCAGCUCACCAUCCUGGCCAUGACCUCCCUCAAGGACCGCCUCAUCGCCAUCCGCCGGGUCCUCAUCUUCGUCACGCGGAAGAGGUCGCGGUGAUCGGCGCUCGGAGAACAGGGGGAGGAACCCGAACCCGGACCGCUCUGGCUUCCAUGAAGUUCAGCAAAUCCUUCGUUGACUCAUUUAAGUGGUGAACUCCUCUCUGGAUGCAUCGCACCACAACGCGUCUCGUUGUCAGCUGUCCAUCAAAGACCUUUGGGGCGAGAGCAAAAAUAAAAAAAGAAACGUCCUAGUUCCACUUA